AAAUGUGUAAAAUUAAACUGUGUUCAUCGCCAAGGGUUGCUUUACCAGAAUCACCGAUUUCAUCACUCACCAAUCACCAUCUCACAGUUCCAUCAAAUUUGAUACCCAGAGAUAAUAAACCAAAGGAAAUCGAAGAUGGCAGCAAGGUUGAGCCACGUAGCAUCACGGAUCAUGGGUGGUAACGGCGUCGUUUCGCGUUCCACGGCUUCUUCUCUCCGGCAGCGCUCCGGCAUGGGCCUCCCCGUCGGAAAGCACAUCGUCCCCAAUAAACCGCUUCCAGUGAACGAUGAACUUGUGUGGGAUAACGGGACUCCCUUUCCCGAACCUUGCAUCGACCGGAUUGCUGAUACUGUUGGGAAGUACGAAGCAUUGGCUUGGUUGUGCGGUGGAUUGGGGUUUUUCGCGUCUCUAGGUCUAUUAGUGGUGUGGAAUGACAAAGCUUCUACAAUACCAUUUGCACCCAAGGUGUACCCCUAUGACAACUUGAGAGUGGAGCUAGGUGGAGAACCCUAGCUUGGUUGCUGCUCUUAGACGUACGUCUCCUUUUUUUUUGAACCUCCUACACCGUCUCAUGUUCUAAACGGUGACCAAACGAUGUAACUGAGUCUUGCAAACGAAAUACCUACUAAAAUAAGCCAGAGCGGCAUUAAUAUUUAAUAUGAUUCUGCAAGUACUUGAGUUCAUUGCUCUACGUGUGGGUUUUUUUUUCUUGAUUCAAGAGAUGUAUGAUGAUGACGACGAGCUCUCUUCAUCUUUUUUGAGUUGGUUUGUCCUGUUUUGUUGGGUUUAGCCGUUUUGUUAAGAGGGGUGUGUUGAGUAUGAAGCGAGUAUAAAUCGAAUUUGGAUUUAUGAUUUAUGGAAUGCAUGGAUAUUUAUUUAAGUUA